UAAAUAGUGUAAAAAUUAACCAUUACGCACCCAGACAGAAACUUGUUAAGAAUGAUUUUAGAAAACGUCAAUAUUAUUUGAAAAUUUUUGGUAUGAUCAGUGAAUGCAAAGAGUAAUACUGAGUAAAUACAUUAUAUUUUAUUCGGUUUAGAUUCGUUGUAAUUGAUAGAAAAAAUAUUUUAAAAUAACUUUCGUUUUGUAAAUACUUGUAAAUAAGGCCCGGUCUACAAAUCAGUGGUUGUGCUGGUUCAUAUUGUGAACGUAUCGGAUAUUCUCCCUUUGAGAAUAAAAAUGUUCAAGUUCCUGAUUCUGCUGCUGAUAUGGGUGUCAUACAGCCAUCAACAAAGUCUUCUAGAUGGAUUGAUCAAAUUAAUUCAAGAAGGAGAAGAUCAGAUUUCCGCCGAACCACCCGAUAUGUCUGCUAGCAGAAUGCUAAAGGAGUACGAUUUUAUUGUCGUUGGUGCUGGUACUGCUGGAUGUGCCGUGGCAAAUCGUUUAUCGGAAAAUCCCAAUUGGACAGUCUUACUUGUAGAAGCAGGACGACCUGAAAAUUUUAUAAUGGACAUGCCUAUACUAGCAAACUACCUACAGUUCACAGAAACAAACUGGCGGUACCAAACUGAACCAAAUGGAAACGCUUGUUUAGGAUUUGAUGAGCAGCGUUGUAACUGGCCUCGAGGAAAAGUCGUCGGUGGUUCCAGUGUUCUUAAUUAUAUGAUUUACACACGAGGAAAUAGAAGAGACUACGACCAUUGGGCGAAAAUGGGUAACGAAGGUUGGUCAUUCAAGGAUGUUCUGCCUUACUUUAGAAAAAUAGAGAACUUUGCAGUACCUGGAAAUAUUUCAGCAGGCUAUCAUGGAAAAAAUGGAUACCUAAGUGUAAGCUAUGCUCCAUACCGUACGAAAAUAGCUGAUGCCAUUGUAAAUGCCAGUUUGCAGUAUGGAUUACCUUAUGUUGACUACAAUGGACCUACCCAAGUUGGUGUUUCCCACCUGCAAUUAAGCUUAAGAGAUGGUGUAAGAGAGAGUUCAAGCAGAGCUUAUUUGCAUCCGAUCAGCAAUCGGCCAAACUUGCAUUUAACCAAGUAUUCCAUGGUAAAGCGAAUUGUAAUAGACCCAAAGUCGCAACAAGUCAAGGGCAUUGAAAUGGUUAAAAACGGUCAAACUUACUUCAUCAAAGUUAAGAAGGAAGUUAUUUCAUCGGCUGGUGCCAUUAAUUCUCCGCAACUCUUAAUGCUAAGUGGCGUAGGACCCAAGAAGCAUCUUCAAAAAUUGGGUAUUCCAGUAAUAAGUAAUCUACGAGUUGGAUAUAAUCUAAUGGACCACAUAGGAAUGGGUGGUCUAACAUUUUUAAUAAACGAAACUGUUUCUUUGAAAACUGAAAGGCUCAUAAACAAUAAAGAUUUGGGAGAUUACUUAAACAAUCACCAUGGACCUUUAUCAAUUCCUGGAGGCUGUGAGGUAUUGGUGUUCAAUGAUUUCGAUCAUCCGGGAGACUCAGACGGAUAUCCCGAUAUUGAAUUACUUUAUCAAGGAGGUUCCAUAGUUUCAGACAUUGUACUUCGAAAGGAUUUUGGCAUUACCGAUGGUAUUUAUAACAAAGUCUUCAAACCAAUAGAAAAUACAGAUUCGUUCAUGGUGUUUCCAAUAUUGCUGAGACCCAAAAGUAGAGGAAGGCUGAUGUUGAAAAGUGCUGAUUACAAGCAUAAACCUUACAUUUUUCCUAACUACUUUGCCGAUCCGAAAGAUAUGGAAACAAUUAUCAAAGGUGUUAAAUUAGUCAUGGAAAUAGCAGCUAAGCCAGCUUUACAGUCACUGGGAACCAGAUUACAUAAUAUUCCAAUACCACAGUGCGCUGAUCGAGGUUUUGGAUCCGAUGCAUAUUUUGAGUGUAUGGCAAGACAUUUUACAUUUACUAUAUACCACCAAAGUGGAACAUGCAAAAUGGGUCCUUCUACAGACAAAAAAGCAGUCGUUGAUACCAGAUUAAGAGUUUAUGGCAUCAAAGGCUUAAGAGUUAUUGAUGCUUCGAUUAUGCCAGAAAUUCCAGCAGCCCAUACCAAUUCACCAACAUUUAUGAUAGCUGAGAAAGGAUCAGAUAUGAUAAAAGAAGAUUGGGGAUUUAAUACUAAUUUCGUUUAGGUUUCAAUGUGACUUUACUCUGUGAUAUUAUAGUUAAAUUCAAUGUAAAUAUUGGAACGCUUGUUAAACAAAAUGUGUUGGGUUGUCUUUGUUAUAUUUAGUAAGUACAUUUAUUAAUAAAAAUGAAUAUGUUUUAGGAAAUAUUUCAAGCAUCAUCACAUAACAUCGCAGCUAAAUUAGGCAGCUGUAGAGUUGGACUGUUAAACAAAAUAUUCAUCAACGGAACACGUAACCUAUUUAGCAAUCAAAAAAAUUACACAAAUAAACAGUACAAAAAGUCUUCAAUGUCGAAUUUACAGGAUUAACUAGUAGUCCUGUAAAUUCGACACUGAAGACCGAGAUGAUGUGUAGUCAUAAUUUUAAAGAUAACUAGUGCCUUUGCCAUGGGGAUGCAUUCAAUUAACUUAAUUAGACAUAACGUUCAAGCAUGAUUUGAGCCUUGAAGAAGACCCCAAUAAAGGUCGAAACGUCGGCAAAUAAUUGAAUAGUGACGUUUUCAUCAACGCAAAGGAACUGAAAAGCGAAACGAAACUCUUAUAUAUAUUUUCUUAAUAUCUACUAUUUUUUGAUAAAGAGCAUUUUUCAUGCUAAUUAACUUGAUAAGUAGUGAUAUUAUAAAAAAAUUAUACUUUCGAAAUACCGAACUACUUUUAGUCCAAAGCAAUAUCUACCAUUAAACAUAGCAAAUUAAUUGAAGGUAAAAUACUUUGAAUUUUUGUGCCAUAAUAAUGGCCACCUUCACUGACAACUUUCUAAAUCCAUAAUGAAAAAUUCAAUUUAGUACUAAGAGCUCUUCCAGCUUUAUGUAUGUAUAUAAACAGUAAUUCACCGUUGUUUAUGUUCAGUCUUCUACAGAAUUUAUCAUCAGUACAUCAUAUAAACUGUUAGAAAUGAUGAAAUUGAUUGUAAGUGUUUUGAUUCCAAAAUUUGCUGUUUAUGAAAAUCGUCUAAACAUUUUGUUGGUAGAAAUUGUUCAAAAAAAUGAUAUACAAUGUAUAUAUUGCAGGUUGUUUUAACUGCAAUCGCUGCAUGUGCAGUAGCCAUGCCGCAAACAACAGCAGUAAAAAAACCACCAGGGAAAAACUACGAACCAAAUGAAUACGAAAAACUGCAAAAUGUGGCUGCCAGGUACAAGUUUUCCUCAGACAUUGAUGAUCACAUCAGCGAUCUGACCCACCAACGAUCAGAAGAAAGAAAUGGUCUUUCAGUUAAGGGCAUGUAUGCCUACAGCGAUGGAUACUACAAAAGAAUUGUGCAUUAUGUAGCUGACGAAAACGGAUACAGAGUAACUGGGUAACAUAUUUUUCAUACAAACCUUUAGUUUGAAACGAAAUGAAAGUAAUUUUUGUAUUUUCAAAUUAGGAUGGAGGCCGUUCCUCUUGAUGGUCCCCAUGUAGACCUUACUGGUACUGCUUCGGUUCAAUCAGCUGCCCAUGGUGCUCAUGUAGCAUACAAAGUGCAAAGUGUUCCAGUCGAGGGACCGAUUUCAAAAGUAGUUGGUGAUAAUGGUGCAGCCGCAGUUCCACUCAUCGAAUAAACUGAGCGCAAUACAAAAGUACAUAAUGUUGCAGAUUAUUUAUUGAAUGAAAUUAAUAAAGACCUUAAAACGAGAA